UUUCCUGUCAAAUUGGUCGUGCUUUUUGUCGUAUAAUUUCUUCUCGAUCACUGUAGGCGCCUUUCGGAUAUAUUCCCGCAAAUUCUCUAAAAAGUAUAACAUCCUUCCUAAAGAUGAGAAUUCCACUGGGACGUAAACAAGCCGAACAGGCCGCACAAUGGGCCUCGUCUGCAGCCGGGUACGGAGCAGCUGCCGCUCUAGUCGGUUGCUAUUUGACCGACUGGAAGGUGAUCGUGUCCUACAUCCCCUUCUACGGAGGAAAGUUCGACAAAAAGGACUAGGUCGGUCGGACGCUCCCGACGUUCCCGAUCGAUUGGCUUUAAAUUGGUUAUAGCAAAAUUUACCAUCCCGCUUCCGUGGACAUGGACGAAUCCGGAGAGGCUGUAAUGUGUGCGACUGUUAGUGUGAUCAACCACCUUUUCGUGUACACCACCAACAAAUUCGAAGUUCAAUAAGAGUCCACUAAGGAACGAAUACCAAAAUCGGUUUCUAGGCUCGCAA